AUGGCAACACCAACACUAGACCAAUUUCUCUCCGAAAUAAACCGCAUCACUCUCUCCAAGGACUCAUCCCAACUAUCCCAAUACCUGGUCAUCGAACCUCCCUACGCACCCUCCUACAACACCAUAAUCAACGAACUGCGAAAGGCGUUCCCUAAGGGUAAUCAUGACUCUGACACAGCGCUAGAAAAGAAAAUCACCAAAGCUGUAAAGGUUAUUGAUGGAGGAGAUGAUGUGGAUGUUGCUAGUUGGAGUGCGUUUAGCAGGUUUAUGGUGUUGUAUUUUGGGUUUCUGAGGGAUGUGGAUGUCGCGAAUUUGUUAGAGACUUUUGGGUUGUUGAGUGAGGUUUUGCAAAAAGCAAACUCAGCCCUCCAAAACCAAACCCACGGCAUAACAAUCCUCGACACCGUAAUCUCCUACUCACGCAUGUUCGCCCGCCUCGCCAUGGGCCUCGACAAAAAACCAGAACUAAUUGCUCACCUCACAACCGCCUCUUCUGGCGGAGACGACUCAGGCCCCCGCGAAACCCUUCCAGAGCGAGCUGCAAACAUCAUUCGUUAUGCUUUUGUAGCAUGUCUCAACGACCGCUCCGGCACCUCUACCUCUGGCAUCGACAAAACCGGCACCCCCGAAGGCAAAAAACGCGGUAUCUACGUCCUCGCAAACCUAUGUCUGAAGAUUUUAUUCGCGUGCCGCAAAACAAGAGGCGCAGCGCAAAUCUUUGAGAACAUCUUUGUGUUAAGUCCGCCAUUGGGUGCUUAUCCAAAGGCUCAAAGAGUAACGUAUCUCUAUUAUUUGGGCAGGUUUUUGUGGGCGAAUGGACAUGCGUAUCGUGCGCAAAAGGCAUUGCAACAGGCGUGGAAGGAAUGUCAUGGUCAGUGUUUGCAGCAGCGCCGCUUGAUUCUCAUUUUCCUGAUUUCGGCAAAUAUGGUUUGUGGACGGUUUCCGUCUGAGCAGAUGUUUGCGAGACCAGAGGCGCAUGGGUUGAGAGAGAGGUUUCAGCCGUUGUGCAAGUAUAUUGCAAAGGGCGAUAUCGUGGGCUUCAGAAGACAUCUGGAUUAUGGCUCUGAGCAUUACGCAUGGUUCUCGGGCUACAGGCUGGACUUGCAGUUGAGAAACAGGUGUGAAGUUUUCGUUUGGAGGUCUAUCUGUCGAAAGACAUUUAUUCUACACGGCGAUCCUGGCAACCCAGGGGCUCGCAAGGCACCCACCUUCGACUUGAAGGAUGUGCUAGCCAUCUUUCGCUGGCAAGAGACCGUCUACGCUACAUUGCCUGGAGCCUCUCAACCCGACAACUACAUCGACCCGGACUUUGUCGGCAUUGUCGAUGAGCCAAUUGGUGAGGAUGCUCUCGACCUGCCUGACAUGAACAACAUUCAUUCUAAAAUGACGGCACUGAUCCACCAAGGCCUGCUUGGCGGCUAUAUCUCUUUCGCGAGAGAUAAGUUCGCUAUUCAAGGUGCAAAGCUUAAGGGCGCAUUAGCAGCUGGCUUCCCAAACGCCUGGAAAACCAUCGAAGCACGUGCGGAUGACGAGGUACCUGGCUGGAAGUUGGAGACCAGCGGACCUGCAUUUGGAGGCGGAGUUGUGAGGCUGAGCGGAGCGCGACCAGUGGGACUCUCGUAG